CUUUUUAAUAUGCAAGAACUGAAAGCAGCGCGUGCCGUGUUUUUGCUUGUUGCGCGCUGCUGCAGGCUUGAAAUAAACUUGUCUUCAAACCGUGCUUCCCAAGAGACUUUGAAAAUGAUGGCUGCUCCUAUUAUUGUGAUUUGCCUUUUCCUCGAAGGCACGGCAGCCUUUCAAGAUAUAACCAUGGCGCAAAUGGAGUACAUCGCCAACCACAUCAGCCAAGCAGACUGCCGCCGACUUGUUGCCUCACUCCGUUCGACUUCUUCAGAGAAUGAAAAGAGAUCUAUAAUGGAAGGGUUAGAAAUCCCAGCAACGACAGAGUGCAAGACUCUCCUUGUCGCAUGGAGCGAAGAAGAUCGGGCCAACGACAAGGUUUUAUCUCUUGUAACGCACCGCCUGCAUCAACUCCACUACCCCACGUUAGCAAACUGGCUGUCCAUAUCAGCCUUGAUUGAAGUUGAAAACCAGUUGAGAAAAAGGCUGCUAGCUUCCACAGCUUGCAUAAGUCAAAAUGUCGGGAAAACAGUGAAUUCUACGUAUGCAGCCACAAAACAAGCGACCAAGGUGGAGUCACAGCAGAACUCUUCUUUCUACAGACAUCUGGGGAGUCAGGCUUUUAAAGUAAAUAUUUUAAUUGGUGUGCUGCUUUUAGGGGGAAUAGUUUUACUGAUCCUGGCAGUUAAGUGGCUUGUCAAGUGCUGCCUCAGAUAUAGACACAGGAUCAGAGGUUACAAAAAUGUUGAGUAUAGGUUUGAGCCAAAGCCAGCCGCGAACAUUGAUAUUGAUGAAGUUUACAACAGAUACUGUGAAUGCUAA